UUAGCUGAGACGGACAUUGCAGAGAGUACUGACAACGAUCUGUUUGACAUUUCUGACUGUAACCCAUUGCUUUCAUCUUCUGUGAUGGAAGAGGAAGAGGAAUUUUCUGAGUUUGAAAUGACCGUCGAGGAAGAGGGUUCCCGUUCUCUGGUAAUGUCAGAUGAAAAAGUAGAUGACAACUCACAAUCAAAGGAAGAAGAAACUACAGAACGUGAAGUAAUCCUCAGAAAAACACCUUCUAAAACUCAACAGAAGUCACAUGGCAGUAACUCUCAACAACAUAACGUCACAGUAAAAACAUCUUCAAACACUUCACACCAUCGUGUCUAUGACAAGAAAAAUUAUUGUUUUUACUGUGGAAAGCCUUACGCAAAAAUCACAAGACAUCUGAAGCAGAAGCAUUCAGACCAACCCGAUGUGGCCAGGGCACUUGCAUAUAGGAAAGGAUCAAAAAUGCACUCCUUGCUUUUGACCAAAGUAGCAAACAUGGGAAACUAUCAACACAACUGUUCUGUCCUGUCCUCUGGGGAAGGACAAAUCAUCCCAAAAAGGCAAGCAACAUGUGAGGUAGCUGCAACGAACUACCUACCUUGCAAGUUUUGCUUUGCUAUGUAUGUGAAGACAGAUCUCUGGAGACACCUCAAGCGUUGCAAACUCCGAGGGACAGAAGCUAGCAUCGUGACAAGAAGAGUUCAGACAAGUUCUUCCAUGAUGUUACCCAUGAAUACUGUGAUUUCCACUGGACUUAAAACGGUUCUCCAGGAAAUGACGUAUGACAAUAUCACGCUGUUAGUAAAGGCCGACUCCCUCAUUAUUUCUCUGGGUGAGAGAAUGUUCCUCAAAAAUGGAGAAGUUGGACGCCAUCGAGCAGACAUCAGAAAUAAGAUGAGGGAACUUGCCAGGCUUGUUCUUGUUGCAAGAGACAUUGACAAGGACGUUGUCUUUUUGAAGGACUUGAUCUGCCCAAGAAAAUUCAACACUGUCCUUGAGGCUGUAAAACAGAUGACUGGGUUUAAUGAAUUAUCGAACAGAUUCGCAGUGCCCUCAACAGCACUAAAACUGCGCCAUUCUCUUGUGAAAGUGUCGUACAUUUUGCAAGGAGAGGCGCUGCGUGUACAGGAUGAUGAUUUAAAAUCAAAAGCAGAGCAAUUUGUCAAGUUAAUAGAACUGGAUUGGUCAACACAUGUGUCAUCCAAUGCCCUGAAAACGCUUUACCAGAAGAAAUGGAAUCUGCCGCAAAUACUGCCUUUGUCAGAAGACAUCAAAAAGCUCCAGGACCAUCUGAAAAGCCUUGAGGUAGUCUGCAAAAAAAAUCUCAUUGAUCAACCAACAGCAAAAUCAUGGAGUGAACUCGCUCAAGUCACUCUGACACAGCUAAUACUGUUCAAUCGCCGUCGUGAAGGAGAAGUUUCAAGAAUGGAACUCAACACAUAUUUACAAAGGAACCAACACGACAUGCAUGAUGAAGUUUUGGAGAGCCUUUCAAAGUUUGAAAAAAAACUUUGUGAGAAUCUCGCCAGAGUAGAGGUACGGGGGAAAAGAGGCCGCAAAGUGCCUGUUCUGUUCACAACAAAUAUAAAACAGUCUGUGGAACUUCUGAUUAAAACUAGAGAAGAGGUUGGCAUUUCCCCCACCAAUCCCUACAUUUUUGCUCGUCCAUUUUAUGGCUCCCAAGGGAACUUUCGUGGAUGUGACAGCUUAAAACGGUUUGCUGAAAGCUGCGGAGCUAAACAACCACAGAAUCUCACAUCAACCAAACUACGAAAGCAUAUUGCCACAGUUUCACAGCUCCUAAACCUGCAAACUCACGAACUAGACCAGCUGGCAACUUUCAUGGGACAUGAUAUUGAGGUCCACAGGGAAUUUUACAGACUGCCUGAAGAAACACUCCAAGUGGCAAAAGUCAGUAGACUUCUUUUUGCUCUGCAAGGUGGAAUGAGUAAAUUCAAAGGGAAAUCUCUUGAAGACAUCACACCAAACAUCAACUCUGAGGAGAAGUCUAGUGACUCAGAUUCAGAUGUUCAGUCUGAAGGGACUCCCAUCAAAAAGAGUCAAAAAGAGACUUCAAAGGGUAAAAACCGUGAAGAAAGCACUGCAUCAUGCACGUCAACUGGGGGCAUUAAAAUAUCGCCAAAGUCGCCAAGUAAAAUAGGGAAAUCCAGAAGACCUUGGUCAGACACUGAAAGAAAAGUCAUCCACCAGCAUUUCAAGGACUUCUUGAAGAAACUGAAGAUCCCUGGCAAAGUGGACUGUCAAAAAUGCUUAAAUAAUAAUCAGAUCCUAAAGGAUAAUGAAAGAGACUGGAAAGCAAUAAAAUAUUUUAUGUACAACAAAAUUGCAGCUAUAAAGAAGAGCUAAUAACAGUAAGGUCAGGAAUGAUUGGGAGCUAAAUUCUGGUACUUCACAUGAUGGACUAUCAAUGUGAACCACCUGGAUACUGGGAGCUCACAUUAUGGUAGUCCAUGUAAAUGGAUCAUCAGCAUUUUGAAUUUAAAAUGUGAGUGGUGGAGGCAGAGGACUGAUCAUCAUGAGCCUGGUUCUGAUAGAGGCUUCUUCCUGUUAAAAAUGAGUUUUUCCUUGUUGUGCCCUGAGAGAACAUUUGUUGGGACUUGGCUAAACUGAAUUGAAUUGUUGUAGUUAAGUUAAUUCCUUCUCUGCCAGGUCCUAAUUAUUAUUAUUAUU